AUGGUGUCGUUUACGUGCAACUACUGCCAGGAUGUGGUGAAGAAGCCGAAGGUGCAGAGUCAUGCAAACACCUGCGGUUCCGAUACCUUCACCUGCGUCGAUUGCAUGCAGAUGUUUGACUUAGGCACCGUCAAGGGGCACACGUCCUGCGUGACGGAAGAGGAGAAGUACCAAGGAAAGUGGAAGGAAAAGCUCAGGAACGGCAACAAGGGCCCCAAGUCGGCGGAAGCGCCACGCAGCGGUAUCGCGCGCCCGCCGCGUGCACCAAUGAACGAUCUCAGCUCCUCUGAUGACAGCAGCGACGGUGACUGGGUGACCAAGGGCAGCGGUAAGGGUGCAGGCGGAUCCAACGGACACCAAAAGCCAAGCGCAACCGCGCACCGCAAGCACCCGCGUCCUGGCGUGAGCCUCUCCUCUUCCGACGACGAGGCGAUGGAAAAGAGUGUCGCCACGACGCCGGUGGCACCUGCGCUCAAGAAGGCAAAAACAGUUUGCUCAGCCGCUUCGACGCCGUCAUCAACUCUGCCGGCGGCUGCGCCUGUUCUGACGGAGCGCUCGCCUACAAACGGGAAGCCUGGAGCGAAGAAGGACACCGCAUCGCCUGCCGCGUCGGUGCCACACGGUCGGCUCAAGGAGGUGAAGGACGAGGGAGAAUGCAAGGUGACACAUCCCGGCAAGAAGGAUACGCCACUGUUCCUGCCGCGCUCCACAAUGUCAAGGGACUGCAUGGUGCCAUCCUUCCUGUUAGGCACAAGCGAAGAGGUGGCUGACAUCGUCGCGGACGUCCUGCGCAACAGCGAUGUCCCUUCUAUGCGCACCAAGGAUGUUGCGAAAGAGCUCGUGAAGCGGUACGCUAAGCGAAUUGCCAAGUCGGUGCGCCACGCGGUGGAGACAGCGGCCGAAUCAGGUGCCUUGAAGAUUGGCAGCGACGGCAACGUGUCGGUUACGUGA